UUCACUCUAAAAGCAUCAAAAUUGUAAUUUAAAUUAAUGUCAGUGGUAAAUUCCUAUAUCGGAAAUAUGUAUAUUUGUGAAAAUUGAUGAUACCUAUGCGCGUAUGUAUAUUUGUGUACAAAAAUAUCAAAAUUGAGUAACUAAAUAAAUUUGUUAAAAUGUCAAGUGUAUAAUAUUUAUAAAACACAAACUAACACUUUCCCAAAAUAAAACUAAAAUGAUGAAUAUGAUACCUUAAUAUGGCUGCAUUUUCUUUAAUUUCAUUAACAUAUAUAGUUGCUGUUGCGGUUAAUUACACUUAUCAAAAAAAAAAAAAACUAACUGAAUACAAAUGCACAUAACUAGCCAUUAAUAAAUAGCGAUAACGCCGAAUUAUUGCUGAUUUAAAAACCAAUAAAAGGUAUUUAGAUUAACUACAAAAACUGUUGAUUUAAAUCAGCUUAUCAGCCACUAAAUACCUGAUAAAAUUCGAAACAGUCUACGAAUGGUACUUAAGUAUUUAAAUUACCUGCGCUAAAGUUAGUUAAGCUUUAACUGCCAACUCUUCAAGAUGAAGAGCCAAUUUUUAGUUUUGGCUCUAUUAGCCAUUCUUAUAGCCACUGUCAGUGCAACAAAAGUACGUUAUGAUAAUUUCAAAGUUUUUAAAAUCAGGACACAAAAUAUAGAACAACAAAAAUGGAUCGAAAAUUUAGCAAGCGAGUCAAAGAAUUUUAAUUUAUGGCACAGCGGUAAGGGAGAGGUCCACUUAAUGGUCAAUCCACAAAAGCUGAUAUAUCUACAAAAUUAUACUCGAUCGUUUAAUAUGCCUUUAGAAGUCAUGGUUUCCAAUGUACAAAGUCUGAUUGAUGCUGAGCAAACCUCUAAAGCAGCAGACGAUCUUAACGAUUUCGGUUGGACGCGUUAUUAUCCCUUAUCGGCAAUUGAAACUUUCUUAGACGAUAUACUUGCCAAAUACCCCGAAGUUACUAGUCACAUAGAUAUUGGCACGUCCUUUGAAGGACGUAAGAUACGCGGCAUAAAAAUCUCUUACAAAGAAGGUAAUCCUGGUAUAUUUAUUGAAUCGAAUAUACACGCACGUGAAUGGAUAACAUCGGCGACGGCUACUUGGUUAAUUAACGAGCUACUUACUUCCGAAGAUGCAAAUGUGAGAAAAUUGGCGGAAAAUCAUGAUUGGUAUAUUGUGCCAGUCCUCAACGUGGAUGGUUUUGUCUACUCACAUGAAACGGAUCGUAUGUGGCGUAAGACCCGACAGCCAGUAAACUUUUCAUCUUGCAUUGGUGCUGAUGCCAAUCGUAAUUACGAUUCGCACUGGAUGGAAAAUAAUGGUGCUUCCGCAAAUCCUUGUAGUCAAACUUAUGCCGGUACACAUGCUUUCUCAGAGCCAGAGAUUCAAGCCCUAGCCAAUUAUGUAGCCAGCAUUAAAGAACGACUCAAUAUUAUGUUGGCCUUUCAUUCAUAUAGUCAAGUGUUGCUUUCACCUCAUGGCUGGACCGAGACGCCACCUGAUAAUUUUGAAGAUUUGAUGGCAGUAGCGGAGGCAUAUUCGAAUGCUGUCGAAAAGUUACCCUAUAAGACGAAAUAUACUUAUGGCACUUCAGCCAGUGCAAUGUAUUACGCUUCUGGCGCAACAAAUGAUUGGGCCUAUAGUGAGCAGGAUAUUCAGCUUUCCUAUACAAUAGAGUUUCGCGAUACAGGACGCUACGGUUUUAUUCUACCUCCAGUACAGAUAUUACCACAAUGUGAGGACACUCUUGCCGGAUUGUUGGCAUUUGUAGCGAAAGCCGAUGAAUUAGGCUAUCUGAAAGUUAAAUACACAUAAUAUACCUACCAAUAUUAAUGAGGCACGUAAUACAUUUUGAAUUGUUUAUAUGAUAACACAAAUAAAUACUAAAUGAACAUACUGCGCUAUACUUA